AUGUCCGAUCCGAUGACGAUGCAAGAAGAAUCAGAUCACUUCUCUCCCUACAGGGCAGAUGGGAAGCUGUAUGGCUUUGUGUGCGUGGUCACAGGUGCAAAUAUGCCUGUGGGUUCAGCCAUCGUGACAGAACUGGCAGCACACGGCGCGGCUUGUAUCUACGCAUGCACGACGGCGACCAACAGCGAUGAGCCCCCUAGCCCGUACAGCUCCCUCCUCGCGAACCUAUACCCAAACACCAAAGUCAUCGAAUACCCCUACUCCAUAUCCUCGGAACAAGAUACACUGGUCCUGAUCGAUGAGGCUCUCAACGCAUGGGGUCGAAUAGACGUCUGGGUGUGCUCGUCUGGCCUGCUGGGUCCUCCGUCGAUCGACAUGACCACGCCGGCCGAUUUGCAAAGAUGUUUCGAGGCGAAUAGUCUCGCGCCGUUCUUCGCCCUCAAGUACGCCCCGCCUGCGAUGCAGAAGACUUCCCCGAAAGGAAGCUAUCCGAACGCGGCACCCAAAGAUCAGGCAUAUGGAAGUAUCAUCAUCGUCACGAGCACCGCCAGCACAUACGGCGGGUGCUGGGGUCCGUGCUACACGAUGAGUUCACAUGCCGCGUUGGGGGUGGUGAGGGCGGGCGUCGCCGUGCUCAAGGGGACAGGUGUGCGUAUCAAUGCUAUCAGUCCAGGGCAGAUUGACGUCGGAGUGAGCCUCAACGGGUUGGACACUGAUAUGAAGGGCGUGAUGAACAAUACCCAACUACCGCCUGCUGCGUUGCAGAGUCCCGCUGCGCAGAAACAAAACAUUGGACUGGAGAGGGCUGGACGCCCUGCUGAGGUCGCGAGGGUGGCAGGCUUCCUGGCGUCUGGCUUCAGUAGCUAUAUCACGGGGAGCAAUAUGGUGGUGGAUGGAGGCGCAAGUGUCAUGUGUCCUCUGAUGGUUCCGAUAUAG